UGACACGCUGUUGUCAUGACGACCGUGAAACAUCAAGCUAGUGGUAGCACCUUUCAGAAUUCAUUGUAAAGUUUGGCCAAAGUAACCAGGUACAUCCCAAAAGGUAGACAACAAAUGGAAGCAGCUCACAAAGUAGACCAAUUGCGAGGGAAAACACCUACUUUGGAGCUACAUCCUGUCACACAGCUUCCGGAGAACACCAACUGCCUUGCAUGCUCAGAAGAUGGCAGGUACCUCUGUCUGGGUCACUCCCAAGGGUUGUCUGUGUGGUGCGCAUCUUCUUUGAUCUGUGUUUCAGAGUGCCUGCAGGACAGUCUGGAAAUUACAUCUGUUCAAAUGUCCAGAAUAGGUGAAAUGACCUAUCUGCUUGGUACAGUUGAUGAUAUGGGUGUUGCCAGAGUCUUUGCACAUCACUUUGACACUAUUCACCUCCUUGGUGUUAUUAACGUCAUGAAGGAUAUCAACAAAAGGAGCAUUUGUCUGACGUUUGAACUAUAUAAAGAGGGGUAUUAUGGAGCAGCAUCACUUAGCUGCAAUGAUGCUGUUUGGCUUGAGAUCUAUCGCUUCCCAUCAGCAGUCUGGCUGGAAGAGUUAGAAAGGGCAUUAUCAAGAAAACAGGACCCAAACUCAUCUGGAGAUGUGGAUGUGAAAUGGGCCCCAGUUGCACUGAUGAUGAAAAUCAAGCCACCCAAAAUUCCCACAGGAAGGGCAUUCGAUGGUCCACCUGAAGCCUCACAGAUAACAGAGUAUUUGACACACUGUUUGGCUCUGGACGCUAUCAUGAACAGCAGUCGUCAGAGGCAGAAGUCAUCUUUCAAUGCUGAAACAGGAAAAACAAAGGAAGAAAAUGAAAGCCCAAGACGGUGCACCCAGCAUUUUCUUCUGCCUUGUGGGCACUUUCCUUGUUCCAGUGAAGCAAAGCCAGGUUUGCCUGUUGCUGUCGCUGUGUGGUGGAGUGGCAGCCAGAAUCUCCUCCAGUAUGUGCUGCAAAAAGCAGCAAAGAACAAAGCAGCAGAUGUGGAGCCCAUGCCAGUUGUGUUGUGGCCAAAUGCAAAGGAAAUCCUCUGCUCAGCUGCUAGUAGAUGCACCCGUUACAUAGCUCUGGGGCUUGAUGAUGCUCUGGUGUGUGUCUGGGACAGGCUAUCUGGGGCUCCACUGCCUGUUGUCUUAGUUCCAGUAGAAAACAGUGCCAUCAUCAGGAUGCAGUUUGUGGAUUGCUGGUCUGUGUCUCCAGGUGAUUCCAAGACUUUAGCUGCAGAGAAAGUCCAUCUUUUGUUGCAGUGUAAAAGCGGAGAAAUUCACACAGUGACCACGGGACGAGGGACUCAAUCCUGCACAAUGCAACUCACUGAAAGGCCAGAAGACAACAGAGACCUGCCAUCCGUCAUUAUGCCAGUACCAUUUCUACAGGGUUUGUCACUUGUACUGCAAAGAAAUGGAAAAAUGUUCCUCCAAGAUGUCAUCAACAAAACCACUGUGUGCUUCUUGACUCUUCCCACAAUCCAUCUGGUUACGACUCCCUGCAGUCCUGUUUAUGCACUGAACACCAAACAGCAAACUCUGUUCAUACGAGGUGACCAGGACAGCAGCUGCAGUGUUACUUCUGAGGACAGCAGCCAGAGUCAGCUUUUCAUCUUCCGUUUCAGAGAGUCCGACAUCAUUAAGCAGUAUGUUGUUUCACACCCAGACUCUCCACGACAACAACAAAUACUGAGCUAUGUCACUCUACAAGAGAGCUGUAAUGCCUACCUCUGGCAAAGAGCUCUGUCUGCGGCUGAAAGGAACAAAGACAUAAGGAAGACAUGGGAGCGGCUACAGGAAACCGCAGCGAAAUUGCAACAAAAACAAUAGAGCUGCAGCCACCUGAAGAACUGCAACAAAUCAUCUAUUGCAUAAAGGUACUAUUGAAGUACUAGAAAAAUGUUUGGAUUCCCACCUCCUUCAUUGCAUGUUUAUCCUUGACUCGCAGUGCUAAUUUACAUGAAUAUGUAAUUUUUGGCGUGAAAUAUUUGCAGGCGGUGCAGAAUAUGGCUUUUUGCUUUUUGAAAUGGAUUUAAGUAGUGAAAAGGAUGUACAAAAAAGUAUCCGAAUCAACUGGAGACAGUCUCCUAAAAGACCGACAGACAUAUUCUUCCAAUAAAUCGAUGAUAGAUGAUA